AUGUCCGUCUUUAAACGUCUUUCAGGCUUUUUCUCCGGCCCCACCCCUGAAGAGCUAGCUGCGGCCAAAACAAAGGUCCAGGCGCUGAUCAAUGAGAAUGGCGUCGUUGUUUUCUCGAAGAGCUACUGCCCCUACUGCGCCUCUACCAAGCGCACAUUAAAUAAGCUCGGAGCUAAAUAUGUCCUACUUGAAUUGAAUGAAAUCGAUGACGGCCGUGCUCUUCAAAGCGCACUUCAAGAAAUCACGUACCAGACCACCGUGCCUAACAUCUUCAUCGGGCGGAAGCAUAUUGGCGGCAACUCCGAGCUCCAGGACAUCAAAGACCAGCUUCCUGAACUUCUCAGGCAUGCGGGUGCCCAUUAA